ACAUUAUCAAAAUAUCUCAGAUGUACUUAGCGCCUAAGUGUACCUAUUCCAUCUUAUUGGUCGUUAUGCUGCGUUUAUUUCUAUUAAUUUCUGGCAUAGUGUUUGCUAAUGGCAGUUCUUUUGAAGAACGUUUGAAAAUUCUUGAAAUAACUGUUAAUAAACAACAGGUCGAGAUGGAUUUAUUUAAACAGGCAAAUAUAGAACUGAAACAGGCAAAUCUCCAGUUGAAACAUGACAAUACAGAAUUAAAACAUGACAAUAUGGAACUAAAAAGCCGCGUGAAAAAAAUGGAACUUGACGUUUCAAGACUUAAAAAAGUUGUUAUAAAUAACAACUUUAACUAUGAAAGUGGCAUUAAUACAGCAAUGCAUGAAACAGUUGACAGUCUAAAUAAAAGCAACGAAUUAGGAACAUCGGAUGGACAUAAAACGCCAAAUCUUCAAAACGACCAAAAUGGGGAAGCCAUUGCAAGUCUUUUUAAAAAGGAACUAUUACAAUCAGAAAGGAUUGCGUUUCAUGUCUACCUUUCUUCAAGCAAAUGUUUCAAUGGUCAUACGACACGGAAGUUUUAG